GUGAGGUUUUGGGGCAGGGAUGUCUAUGUGUACAGAUUGUAAAGCACUCCGAGACAAAUUUGUAAUUUGUGAAAUUGGGCUAUACAAAUAAACUGAAUUGAAUUGAAUUGAAUUGUAUUUCAAGGAAUUAUUAUUUUCUCUAAGGAAUGUUGCCCUUUUGAGGCCUUUAUCAUAUUCCAAACGUUGUUAAAUUUGACAUGCAUAUAAGAACUGGCGAAAAUCCCGAUAUUUUCAGGGUCUCGCAUUUGUGUAUAUAGAAAUCUUUCUCUAGCGCCCCCUUGAGUUAGAAAGCUAAUACUUUUUUUCAACAAUGACCGAUUGACUUGAAACUUGAUAUACAGGUUCACCUGGACCUGCUCUACAAAUAAGUUAAUGGUGGCCAUCAAAUGCGCCUACUUAGAUUUUCUGCCAUUUUGAAUUUUGUAAAAAAAUAUUUUUUUCAUUAUAGUUAAUAUUGGCAUGAAGAAUUCUUCAAGCCACGACUCUCAUAAAGUUUGUUAACUUUGGGACAGUGUUGACAAAGUACAGUGGAGGUACAACAGCUUGAUGAUCGCAAACCACUUAGUUUACACGGUUGGUUUAGGGGCCUGUAUUUACUUUGACAGUCUGGUGUUACAAACACUAGAGCACAUACACACAUAUGUCGUAUGUUUAAAAAAACAUGUUUAUGGCCUUUCAUCUAAAAUUGUAGUCAGAGAUAAAAUCAAAACAUUCAAGGUUUCAACGAGCCUAUUUUCACUCCGUCAUAGCACCACCUACUGGCACGAGGAAGUCAGUAUUGAAGCGGGCCACAGCCGGAUAAUAGUGGAGCCUACUGGUGUUUCCAGAAUAGCUUUUAUUCAUGUUCAACCAUGAGCCUGAUUGAUAAACAUAAAUUUAAGAGUUUUUCCUUUUCCAUUUAAUUUCCAGAAAUCACCGUAAGAGCUAUAUGGAACAAAUAAAACAGAAAUGAGCUCUUACGAGUGUAAACAUUAAUUAGAUGACAUUCAGAUAUACAUGAGGACAUUAAUCACAACAUUAAUCACAACAUUGUAUCUUUCUUAAAGGGAAAACACAGCUAUAUUAUAGUAUUAGCAUCUUAUUACAAUUCAUUUUACAAGUUAAUACAAAAAUAUAGUCACUAAAUAUGAUGUCAAAGCCCAAAUAAAACACAAAGUACCUUGUUCCGUUUCCAGCUAGGUGCUUAGCAGUUCAUAGAGUAACUUAUGCACUUCAGAGAAAAUACUCAUGAACACCUUUUCCUUCAGUACACCGUCAAGUAACGUACUUUUUGCGAAGUCAUGUUAUGAGAUGUACAUCUACUUCCGGUCUCGCCGGAAGAGCUUCUCAAUAAAAAAUACCUUAAAAAACGUACAAAAUAAAGGCUUGCGGGAAAUAGUCACCAUAUAGCAGAACCUCUUCAGAGUAAUUUAAAAGUAUUAUGUGACAAACAUUCUCAUUUACAUGACAUGAAAAUGUUAUACAUAUUUUAUGUCCAAAAAUCUAUAAACAGGUUAUUAGUGAAUGCAUUAAACACUAUUUUCAGAAACAGUGACAAUAAAAAAAAUAUUAUGGACAAAAAUGAUUCAACUUUCGUAAAUUGUUCAGUUUGUGGCCCUCUGUGAGCACAGUUUGGACACCCCUGGGUUAAAGUUAUAUUAUGGGCAUUUCGCAAAAAUGUGCAAUUGUCCUUUUUGACCCUCGGUGCUAGCCGUCGUUUCCGACAACAUAACGAUGGCCGCUUCAACUAGCAGUAAAGCAUCAGAACUAUCUAAAGCUGAGUACUUAAAACGUUAUUUAUCCGCUGACAAAGAUGGCAAGAAAGCGAAGGGGAAACUUAAAAAGAAACUGCGUAAAAUGCACGAGAAAGGACUCAUAAUAGUAGACGAUGACAUAGGCUGGAAACAGAUGGUCAUAGAGGAAAAUGAAGAGGACGAAGAGGAAGCUCCAGUGAUUACUGAGGUGGUUGACGAUCGACCCGACGACGUGAAGCAGCUGGAAGCCUUCAGAACCAGCGACAGGUGGAAAGUAAUCGGAGCUGAUGAAAUUGAAGAUGUGGAAGGCAGCGACCUUCCAGAGCCUGUGGAAUCGAGCGGGAGUCGCCAUGACUCUCCAGACGCAUCCCCACCUCGUAGAGGUCGCCAUGACUCUCCAGACGCAUCCCCCUCUGGCAGAGGUCGUCAUGACUCUCCAAACUUGUCGCCUCAGAGGCGACAGUCAGGGAAAAGUAAAGAGGAGAAAGAUUCAUCCCCUGCCAGAAGAAAGCCCAAUAAAAGUCGUUCACCUAAUUCUCAACGGUCACCGCUGGCAAAGAGGACUCAGAACCGGCACGAUUCAGACCUUGACCAGUCUCCUCCACGGAAAAAGACCCAAAAGGGAGGAGCUUCAGACUCCGACCAGUCUCCUCCAAGGAGGCGGCCACGAAGUGGAAAGAACUCUGAUGAAGAUCUGUCGCCACCGCGUAGGCCCGGCCAGUCACAGGGCCCGAGGAUGCUUUCUGGUGGGAAGGCCGGUCUGGUUUCUGCAGAUGUUUUAAGGAAUGAACAGGAGGAGAACCGUCGCAGAGAAAAGAACAACAAGCCACUGGAAGAUGAAUCCCGCAAUGCCCAGACGGUGUUCCGAGACAAGACUGGUAAAAAGAGAGAUUUGGAAACUGAGAGGGAAGAAAAGAAGAGAAAAGAUGGUGAAAAAGCAGCAAAGGCUGAGAAAUAUGCUCAGUGGGGUAGAGGAGUGGCACAGGGCGAGAUGCAUCAGCAGAAACUUGAGGAUGCGGUUCAUGAAGCCCAGAAGCCUCUGGCACGGCACCGCAAUGAUGAGGAUCUUGACCGCAUGUUGAGAGAGCAACAAAGGGACGGCGAUCCGAUGGCUGCGCUGAUCAGACGCAAAAAGGAACGCAAUAAGUCACAAGUCAAACCUCGAUAUAAAGGCCCUCCCCCCCCUCCAAACCGCUUCAAUAUUCUACCGGGCUAUCGCUGGGAUGGAGUUGACAGGUCAACUGGUUUUGAAAAGAAACGCUACUCUCGAAUGGCAGAUAAAAAGGCCGUCCAGGAGGAGGCGUAUAAAUGGAGCGUGGAGGACAUGUAAUGGAAGCUGUAGAGCGGAAAAGGCUCAUCCAUAGAAUUUGAAAAUCUAAUCAAUGCUGGGAAAGCAACUGCAGAUUCGACGCAUCAACUCAACAAAACUGAUAUUUUGAAAUGGACAGAACUAUUGUUUUCCUUUUUCAAAGCUUGUUUGAUACUGUACAGUGGACUUCAGGCGACAGCAAAGUGAUUCACCAUAAUUGUACAUAGCAGCGAAGAAACAUCAUCUUUAUUAUUUUGUAAUAACUGAGUCACGGUGGAGCCUAAACAAUUGUUUUUCACUGUUUUUAUUAAAUAAUUUUUCCGUAAAGAACAGUGCCUUUGUCCCAAAUGUUCACAUACUGCAAUGAAAUUUGGAAACUAUAUGAAUAUAGCUAAUAUUCAGUCAUUUCAUAUUACUAAGAUGUAUUUUAUGCAGUACUGAAGUAUUUAACCCUGAUUAUAUUUAAACAUUAUUUUGCAUGGUAAAGAUUGUUUUGUCAAACUACGUUUUCAAUGUCAUAAAUUAACUCACAAAAACAAACCUAUUUUUUUAAACCUCGGCUUGAAAAUUGCAUGUUCUCUUCUUUUCCUUCUCUAAUCUUUUCUUUAUUAUUUGUGUUGUGUUUAGAGCAUGUACAAGUGGAUAAUAUAUUAUUAAAUCCACGAUUUUCUCAUUUUAA